UUUCCAGCAAAAGUGAUCUGGAAUCCUUAGGUCCCAUUCAUUUGUUCCUGUACCCGUUUCCCCACUUUGAGGUCAGGUGCAAAUGAUGAGGUAGUAGGCCGUGCCAGCCUACUCCAAACACUAUAUAAAUAAAUAGAAUGGGCCGCUCCUCCACACUCAAUCAGGGAUCCCCCCAGUAUCUUGGUUGCUUCCGCUAUCUGGUCUGCCCUCGUCGCAUCACUCCCCGGGUUUUGGCCAUCUACUGUCUCCUUUUUCUCUCUGUCAUCUCUCUCUUGGGUGCUAGGAUGCAUCUCAAAUCCUAUCUGUCCGCAGCCCUGUAUGGCUUGCCGGCGCUGGCUCAGCCCUCCACCGCGCCGACCGACUCGUCGGCGGUGGAUCCCUUCAAGGUGUACACCAUCAAGGCCGAGAAUAUCACCGCCAAGUUCAUCCCCUACGGUGCCCGUCUGACCUCGGUGCUCGUGCCCGAUCGCAAUGGCAAGGAACAGGACGUCGCUCUCGGCUAUGAUGAUCCCGAAGACUACGUCAAGGAUACCAACGGGGACCACACUUACUUCGGUGCUGUAGUCGGCCGGUAUGCCAACCGCAUCAAGAAUGGUACUUUCACUAUCGGCGACACUGAGUACGAGGUUCCCAAAAAUGAAAACGACGGACUUGAUACCCUGCACGGGGGUAACAUUGGUUACGAUGAGCGCAACUGGACCGUCACCGCGCAAUCGGAGUCCUCGGUGACAUUCACCCUGCUCGACCAGGGGUUCCAGGACUUCCCUGGCGAUGUGAUCACCCACGCCGUGUACAGUGUGGACACCGCGGUCACCCCGGACAACCCGGACGGUCUCCCCCAGUUGACCACCAAGCUGAUCUCCGUGGCCUUGACCGAGUCCACGCCCAUCAUGAUGUCCAACCACAUCUACUGGAACCUCAACGGAUUCAAAGAGAAGAAUGUCCUGGAAGACACCUUCCUCCAGAUGCCUCUCUCGACGCGCCUUGUCGCCACAGACGGCAUCCUGAUCCCCAAUGGCACGCUUCUGGGAGUUGAUUCCUACGACGGUGCCGCGGACUUUACCACCGGGAAGUUGGUCGGCCAAGACGUCGAAAAAGCUGUCGGGCUGUGCGGCACCGACUGCACGGGCUACGACAACUGCUGGAUCGUGGAUCGGCCUCCCCAGCAGGCGGGUCCCACUUCGUUGGUCCCCGUUCUCUUCAUGAACUCCAGCACCACCGGCAUCAGCCUGGAGGUGGCCACCAACCAGCAGGCAGUCCAGAUCUACUCCUGCGUGGGACAGAAAGGCAACAUCGCGAUCAAACCGUCCCAGGCCAAGCGCAAUAAGGAGGAAGGGAUCGAUGGCGCCACGGCGGUCAACAAGUUCGGCUGUGUCGUCAUUGAGCCGGAGGGAUGGAUUGACGGGAUCAACAACCCCGAAUGGGGCCAGCUGUCCGACCAGAUCUAUUCCCCUGCGGGCGCCCCGGCUAUUAAUUGGGCUACCUACAAGUUUGGUACCGUUUAGGCUUUUGAAAGAUUCCGCGAUGAUCGACCAAUCUAUUGAUUGGAUUUAAUUACUUUCGACAUGUCAGCUGUUCCUGCAUGUCCACAGUCCAGGUACAUAAUUAGUACUAAUGCCACUCUCAUUUGGUUUCUUC